CUUGGCUGUGGAUUCUCCAGUGUCAUUUAUGAAGAAAUACUACAUUCAAUGUGUUUUCAGAAGUUUAAUGUUAACGCUAAGCGCAAGGGUCUUGCUUGCUUGAAUUCACAAAGCGCAAAGGCACGGAUUGUUGCUGUCGUGCUUUCUGCAAUGUAUAUUGCCUUACUUCUUGGCGUUUAUGUGCCAAACUGGGAGUUUGAAAUUUUAAGCAGCGAUUCAACGUUGUCAAAUGGAAACUUUGGACUUCAAAUCGAAACUGUCCAUUGUGGCUUGAGGGGUAACCUUGGUCCUCCAUGCAAUGCUGUUGGCUUCAUAGAUAGGCUAUUUCUUGGCAAAAAACACUUGUAUCAGAAUCCUGUCUAUAAAAGGACAAAGGAAUGCAGUAUCAACUCCCCCGAUUAUGGUCCUCUUCCACCAAAUUCACCCCAAUGGUGCCUUGCCCCAUUCGACCCUGAGGGCAUUUUAAGUUCAGUAAUGGCUGCUGUGACAUGCUUUGUUGGAUUACAGUUCGGGCAUGUGAUAAUACAUUUUAAGAGCCACAUGAAGAGGAUCGUUAUGUGGUCAAUGAGUUCUUUGGUACUUCUCGUUUUCGCUUGUGUGGUGGCUAUAUUAGGUAUGCCUCUUAGUAAGCCCUUGUACACCUUGAGUUACACGUUUCUUACAGGAGGAGCCUCAGGCAUUGCCCUAUCUUUUAUAUAUUUUCUGGUUGAUGUUAAAAAUAUUAGGAAGCCAUCUCUUUUACUUCAGUGGAUGGGCAUGAACGCGCUUUUUGUGUAUGUAUUGGCAGCAGGAGAACUCUUUCCGGCUGCUCUACAAGGAUUUUAUUGGAGAACACCAUCAAAUAACUUG